AUGUCCCGCAAGGCUCCAACCGUUACGCUGAACGAUGGAUAUCAGAUGCCAGUUCUCGGACUCGGCACGUACAAAUUACGAGGACCGCAGUGUGUGGACGCGGUGAAGACGGCCAUAGAUGCUGGCUACCGGCACAUCGAUACCGCCUACCUUUACCAGAACGAGGCCGAAGUUGGGCAGGCUGUUCGAGAAAAGAUCGAAGAUGGUACCAUCAAGCGUGAGGAUAUUUUCAUCACCACAAAGCUUUGGAAUACAUCACACGAACCGGAAAAGGUCCGCGAAGCGUUCGAUACCUCGCUGGCCGCCCUGAAGCUCGAUUACGUCGAUCUUUAUUUGAUCCACUCCCCGCUCAGCUCCACCGUGGACGCAAACGGAGAAACGGUGUUCACGCAUGUGGACUACGUGGACACAUGGCGAGCGAUGGAGAAGCUGCUCGAGACGGGUCGCGUCCGCAGCAUCGGUGUGUCCAACUUCAACAGUGAACAGCUAACGCGGGUCAUCGAACACGGCACCAUCAAACCGGUCACGAAUCAGGUCGAAUGCCACGUCCGCUUGAACCAGAAGAAGCUGAUCAAGUUCUGCAAGGACCGUGCGAUCGUUGUGACGGCGUACAGCCCGCUCGUUCGACCGAGUGCCACGCUCGGGUUGGACAGUGGCACUUCUCCCGCGAGCGCCUUCGACGAUGCCCGUGUGGUGGCCGUUGCUGAACGGUACGGGAAAACCCCGGCCCAGGUUCUACUGCGCUACCUCGUCGAUAUCGGCACGGUGCCGAUUCCCAAGUCCGGCAACGCAGAACGCAUCCGACAAAAUCUGGACAUUUUCGACUUUGCGCUAACGCCGGAGGAGAUUCGCUCGUUGGACGACCUGCACACCGGACAGCGAUUGGUCAAGUUGGAGGCGCUCGCCGCACAUCCGUUCUAUCCCUUCGCUGCCGAGUUCUGA